AUGCCCGCACCCAUCGCCCCACCAGGCUACGUGCACGUCUGCGCGCUCAAGGACACGCUCACGCACACGCGCUUCCAGUUGUCGCUGCGCACGCUCGCGACGCCCGUGACGUACCACCGCCUCCUUCUGUUCCGAAUCGCUAAGCCGAGCGAGGAUGAGGUGGAGGGCGCAGAUGAGCUGUACUGCAUGGAGGAAUCAUGUCCACACCUCGGUGCUCCGCUAAGCCACGCCGAGAUCGAAGUUGACGAUAUCGAGGACACGCGCGCAGUUGUGUGCCCAUGGCACCAGUACGACUUUGACCUCCGCGACGGCACGAGCUCAACUGGUCUAAAGACAUGCACGUACGACGUUGUGGUCAACGGUGACGGGCCGAACGCUGGGGUGUGGAUCGAGGCACCGCAUGUUGAUGGCGACCACGACUGGGAGAUGAUCGAAUUCCGCAGCGUGAGCGAGGAAUUCGCUGACCCGCCACCACUCACACUGGAGGACCUCACUCUCGAGGUCCCAGAAGCUGCGCCUUCACUCUCGCCCGAGGCUCCCAUCGUCGCCGCCACGCUUCCUACAGACCUGCCAGACACGCUGCUGGGCUUCGCACACCUCGUCCUCGCUACACCUGAGCCGGGCAUGAAGUGCGCGUUAACUCGCGAGGCAGUGACGCGUAUGCGGGCAGGAAAGCUCAAGUCAAUCAGGCCGAGCUAUGCGGAAAUUGCGCGGGCGCGCAAGGACGGGGGAUUGCUAGAGAAGCCACCAAGGCUGCAGGAAGCUGUUAGGCCUUGGCAGACUAGCAAGCGUGGAAGGGGAGGUUCGGAGAAGUCGCGUAUUGUCAUGAUUCACGCGCUUGCCAACAUUGAGCAGUACGCAAUCGACCUGGCCUGGGACAUCAUUGCACGUUUCGCCGACACCGAGGUUGAAGGGCAGCGGCUGCCCGUCGAGUUCUUCCUCGACUGGGCCAAGGUUGCCGAGGACGAGGCCAAACACUACUCGCUCCUGGCCCGGCGACUGCAUGAGAUGGGUUCAUAUUUUGGAGCACAUUCCGUUCACGCUGGCCUGUGGGACUCGGCGAUGGACACUGCGGAUUCGCUUCUCGCGCGGAUUGCGGUGAUCCACCUUGUCGCAGAGGCUCGUGGAGUCGACAUGAACCCGCUCACGCUUGCGCGGUUGCGUACACACGGGGACACACGUUCCGCGGACAUCCUCGAGAUCAUCCACGCUGACGAAAUUACUCACGUUACUGCUGGGCACCGCUGGUUCUCCUGGAUCUGCGGUAAGCGUAACAUCGACCCGAUCGAGCAGUUCCGUUACGAGGUGCGCACAAACUUCCAUGGCGACCUCAAGGGCCCGUUCAACACGGCGGACCGCGCAAAGGCGGGCCUCACUGAGGAGUACUACACAGACCUCAAAGGGCACGGCGUAUCGCGGCACGCGGCCUAUGACGGCGCUGGCCCCGACGGCGGCGACACGCACAUGCACCCUCGCCUCACAUAA